AUGUUGAAGGUUUCAAGACGCGGUACAAGAGGUGUUACCAGUCACUGCAAAAAGAUAUUUAAUGACAAGCGUCUACAGUCGUCUUUUGUCGGCAGAAACGAGCGUGAGGACUCAUUUGAGCCCAUCGUGCGUGGACCAAUUAUGACCAAUGCAGCCGAACUCGAGCACGAUUUUUCGCGCGACGAGCUUCUUCUGCUGGAGCAAGGGAUCAAAAAAUCAGACGAGCUCGCGGCGCAAUUCACUAAUUAUCGCUACAAAUUUAAAAAACUGCCAACGGACUACGGUUCAAACCAGCUUUUGGCCAUUGAACCUGAACUUCAAAAAAACCUUGAAAGCGUGGUUUCAACUUUCAAGGCACCUGUCAAAUACGCCUUUGGCUACGGUUCUGGUGUUUUCCAGCAAUCAGGGUACUCUAAGUCACAGGAUAUGCCCCAAAUCGACAUAAUUUUCGGGGUUUCGCAUCCAGACCAUUUCCAUUCUUUGAACGUGAGACAAAACCCCCAUCAUUAUUCUUCGUUGCGCUUUUUUGGAUCGAAGUUCAUCUCUCAGUUCCAAGAAGUAGGCGCAGGUGUCUACUUCAAUCCAUUUGUUGACAUAAACGGCCAGGUUGUUAAAUAUGGCGUUGUGUCGAUGGACACUCUGCUCAAAGAUUUGGCAACAUGGAACUCUUUUUACCUUGCUGGCAGGCUCCAGAAGCCGGUAAAAGUACUGAAAAACGAUCUAUCAGUUCAAUACUGGAACCAACUCAAUCUAAAAGCCGCUGCAACUUUGGCAAAACAUCUGAUACAGAAGGACAGUAGUAAACCUUUGGACGAAUUCGAAUUCUACAAAAAGAUAACAGCUUUAAGCUACGCGGGAGACGUAAGAUACAACUUGGGAGCUGAAAACCCAGACAAAGUUAAAAACAUUGUGGAAAAGAAUUUCGUGCAAUUUCAAGAUUACUACAGACCCAUUUACAAAGAUGUCAUAGUAAACAACUCACAUUACUUGCCACAAGGCUUCACACUAGAGAACUCGAUAGAUCUUCUGGAAAAGAGAAUAUUUCGAAACAGCACGCUGCAAACUGUGAAGGGGGUGUUUACGGCCGGAAUCACAAAGUCAAUUCGUUAUGCAUGGGCCAAGAGACUGAAAGCCAUGAAGCGGGCUAAAUGA